UUUUGUUCACUGGCUACACUUAGUAUCUUGCCAAAUUCCAGUUGCGUUUGCAUGAAAUUAGCCGUACAAAAUUCAAGAUGUCAUGGACGAGUGGCCUGUACAAGUCCCUGCUCCUUCGGAGCCAGCAAUCGCUGGUGCGUCCGGAUCUCGCCCUCCUGGACAUCCAGAUAUCGAAGCGGGCCAUUGAGACGAUGCUCGGUCAUCGAAGGGAAUCGAGUUUCAAUCAUUCACAUACCGCCGACAUCAUUGCCAAGAAGUGCGACGAGCUGUUCAAUGCCAACGAAUUCGAGAACGCCCUAACCACGCUUUAUAGGGACGGACGUCCCUUCGGCGGACAGUAUGCCCACGGGCGGUUCGAGAUGAUCAAGCAAAGGAGCCUCGCCGUCUUCGAAGACACCUUGGGCGAAUCCCUGCGUCCCUUCAUGUAUCAGCACAGGGACGUCCUGGAGCACAUCAGCCGCCGUCAGAAGGAGCUAGCCGCCCACGUGUCCCGCCCGCUCUGGAAGAAGCUGCGCGACCAACAGCAAUGCGACGUCCAAAGUAUUCUUAUCAAGGAGCGCCCGCAGUUGACCUUACUGGAAAAGGCCCGCCGGCGGGAGAGUGAGAGUCUGUACAACCAUAACUACUUGGGUCGCAGCGCCGCCGACAUCGCGCUGCUGCGUCAACUGCGCAGCGACCGCAACCUCCUCGAUCCCCUGAGGCUGGCCACCACGCCCCCAAUGCGCAAGCUGACCGCGCAGCAGUUCAUGAUUGUGCGACGGUUCAUGAAAAUGCUUCAAGCCCGGAAUCCGAUGUACAACCGGCGGUACGUGCGACAGCGACACGGUCCGAUUGCGGACCAGGAGCGGCAUCGGUGGCAGGAGAUGCACCUGUUCCACACGCAGUACCAGACGCGACGCGACUGCAUGCGGAUGCUGCACGAGGUGCACAGGCGGCGCCGCGAGGGCGAUGUGGAGAAGCUGUCCGACUACGUGGAGGACACAAUGUCGAGAUUCAUUGAGCACAAGACCCACCGCACGCUGCCCUGGAAGUUUGAGUUCAUCAACGAAGUCUACAAUAUCCUGGCACUGGCCCAUUGCGACAAGUGCGCGGUGCCAGCCAAUGUCGACUUCCUGCAGGCCAAGAAUCGACCCAUCUUAUACCUGCUGCGGACGGAGAAGCUGCACGACAUGAGCGUACAGUUCGGGGGUCCCAACAUCUACGUGGAGAUCGAGAGAGAGGAUGAGCGGCACAGCCGAAUUAUCCAGAAGCUAGAGCAACUGGAGAGUCGACUGCGUCACUCCCGCUUUUCGAUCGAGCGAUCCUAUUUGUUGUUCGAGAUCGCGCGCUGUCACUUUCAGGAGUCGCGUUUCGACAAGUGCCUCGUGGUGGCCCGCAAGGCCUUUAAUGAGGCCCGCAUUUGCAACUGUCUGCUCUGGCGGUUCAACAGCAUCUUCCUGUGCUGCCAGGUGCAUGCCGUGCUCAAUCGCUUCGAGAGGCUGAAGGAAUCGCUGGCGAAGGCCAGUCAGUUGGCCAGCGAACUGCAGGCGCCCAAGCUGGUGGCCUAUAUAGGCAUCUGCACCAACGUUAAUAACUACGAUCUGGCGUUUCAGCGGAUCCGGCAGUCGGAUGUGAACAGGCGAAAGUCCCGGAAGCGAAGUCCCAUCAGCACCAUCACAUCGAAUAGCUCGCAGGGAUCAAUGAGUAGCAUAUAGUCUAGUUAUUUUAUUUGCUCGACUAGUUGCUCUUAGCUCUGCAUUUCACUUCAACCUCGUGGAAUUUAAAGCUAGGAGCAACAAGUUUAGAGUAAUUUUGGAGCAAGUUUUUUACCAUUCGAUAUGAUACUCUUUUUUACGAAUAAAUGUUGAGCAGUGGUUUUAA